AUGGAACUCACGGAGAACAUGUGCGCUUCAACUCCCCAGGGCCGAGGGAACGCUGUGAACGGUGGGAUCAAACCACCGUGGCCAUGGCCGAAGGGGAGGAGGGAGGAAAAGGCCAUGGCCAUGGCCGAAGGGGAGGAGGGAGGAAAAGGCCAUGGCCAUGGCCGAAGGGGAGGAGGGAGGAAAAGGCCAUGGCCAUGGCCGAAGGGGAGGAGGGAGGAAAAGGCCAUGGCCAUGGCCGAAGGGGAGGAGGGAGGAAAAGGCCAUGGCCAUGGCCGAAGGGGAGGAGGGAGGAAAAGGCCAUGGCCAUGGCCGAAGGGGAGGAGGGAGGAAAAGGCCAUGGCCAUGGCCGAAGGGGAGGAGGGAGGAAAAGGCCAUGGCCAUGGCCAUGGCGGUGGCCCUUGCCUUCCCUUUCACACUCGAUGCUUCACUUUCUCUCCUGACGGAGGGACGGACGGUCAGAGAGGAGGAGGAGGAGGAGGAGGACGGGGGGAUGCCAUGGAUGAUGGUACAGUCGCAGCCCGGAUGCAAUGCAGCCUGACGGCGAUGGUGCAGUGUGGUGGAAUUUCAUAA